AUGUUGCUUGGCCUCCCACUUGAGCUAUUCUACAUCAUACUCGAUGACUUAUCGAGUAAGGAUCUAUGGAGACUUUACGACACCUCGGUCACCCUCCGGUCUCGAGUUGCGCAGCAAUUAUUUUGCACAACCAAAAUUUCGUUUGAGUCCAUAUUUCCACGGGUUUUGAACGGGAGACGUCUGUCAGCUAGCAGAGUAUUUGACAUCUUAAGAGAGCGGCUGCCUCACAUCGAACAGGUAAAGAUCUACAGCUACGAAUGCUCUGCUCAGCUCAAUUUAUUCGAUCUCUUAAGUCAUAUCCCUCACUUGAAACAAUGCUGGAUUUACGGUUCGACAACGAUGAAAAUAUAUCCUAAAGACAUCCUAGAGCGACUUUUCUCGCCCUCCGUUUGCGACGUCUAUAUCCGUGGUACACCAUUUGGGAAUCCAGCACCUAGUUCAACAUUUACAUUUUUGGAAGAGCUUCACUUAGGAGAUCUUGAUAUAGGUGCUGUUGUACUCCCUAAGCUUGAGUUUCUAGCAAACCUGUCUAUUCGCUUUCAUCCUGAUCGCGAUGUAGACAUAAUCAUGGACUUUGCAGAUCUGCCCCGACUGGUAUCGCUUGCAAUAUGGAACCUGGAUGAAAGAAGCCUCACUGUUUCCGGCAUAUCUAAGUCUUUGGAAAGAUUCGAAAUGCACGGCUCUACCGUUGGCUGGCGCUUUGUCCCUUUGCUUGCUAAGCUAGGCUCUCAGCUUCAAAAAAUACGCAUAAUUGAAAGUAAACUGUGGUGCGAUCUGCCUGCUGAUAAGCCGGUGAUAGCAAUCCUGCCCAAUCUUUCACAUCUUAAAGUUUUGGAGUUGGAUGAUUCCAUUAAUUUUCUUCCGCUUUGGCUGCCUGGUGGAGUGUCGCUACUGGAAGAGCUAGUCAUCAGCAUUGGUGAAAAGGAUUUUGAAGAAAGCUGGGAAGACUUGCAUGAGACCCUCAGUGCGCUGGGAAACGAAACCAACUUAAUAAAAUGCUUUGUUGAGAGUGAUGGAUGUCUAUUGGACCUUGAGCUCGUGGAUUGGCAGAAAUUGGAAAUAUACCACCGGAAUUACUUUAUUCUGCACUGA